GAACAUCAUCUGGAGGCUCUUGGUGCUACAGUUCUGUGCGAUGCCAUUUUCGUGAAAUCGUGACAGAGUUCUGCUGAGGAAGGUGGGGGAAUCCGCUCGGCGGAACUUCGCUGUGCAUAGUUUCGAACACUGCUCUAUCGCGACACUUUCAUUCGAUUCUUGGGGCUUCAUACGUCCCGGAAGCAAAGUUGACGACAAGACGAUACGAUCGAGAAAAAUAGUCACCGCCUGUGGUCUCUCGAGGAAGAAUUAUCUGCAAGUAGAGAAACCAUGAGUGCGAAAACGGAGUCGUCUGAUAUCUCAAAGAAGGUACACUCGUAUUUUGCCUCACUGUCAUCAGCCUCCUCGCGGAUACUAGAUGACGUCAAAAGUAUAUCACUGGCGUCGCGGCGAUCCCACCGGAGUUGGAACAAUCUGAACGAGAAAGAGAAGUCCAACAUUGUUAUGGAGAGCUUGGUUCCAGAUGACGUCGAACAAAAGUACAGAUCACUUGACAGCGACGCGCUGUCUCCGUUGGGCGUUCCCUCCAGCCAGAUGGAAAGUCUGAUUGACGCAAGUCAGGCUUUCCCUGUGGUGGAAAUUUCAACUUCGAAGCCAAUGCCUCGUUCAGUCGUCAUAGAAGAAGAAAUCAAUGGCCGGAAGGUCCCAAUCACGUGGCGGGACGAACACUCGGUGCCUUUCAGCUGGUAUAAUCAGUCGUGUGAGCCCAUAGUGGCUAAUCCACCCCCAUUCGUGUGUCUGACUUCCCCCGAAGACUUCGAUCAUCCAGAGAUCAAUGGCGAUGGCUUAGGAUCAGGAGCUCGCGUAUCUCGCCGCAGUUCAAGAGCUUCGACACCGGAGAGGAGACGCUCGCCGCUCAUGAGACCCAGACACGCUCCACCACCGCCGCCGGCUCCGAAAGACCCGCAUCUCGAUCGGAAAAAAGAUUCCCCUCCUGUGUAUGAGAGCUCUGGUACAGGCAACCGAUUGGACUCCAUAUCCCAGGAAAGUAUUUCAAGUGUGCACGGUCAGGGAAUGCGGUCCUCAUCGGCACCUCAGCACAACCAAAAAAAACGCCAAGCACCCAGACCUCCGGUGUCUCCCAUUCCGCCUCAGGCACCCGAACGUUCAUCGACCCUAUCGUUGACGUCUGUGGGCUCGAAUCCCGAUCGGCCCCGGAGCACGUUCUGCCCAGCGGAUGAUCCCAACCAGCCACAUAUUCUCCCGGAAGCUCUGGCCCCUGAGAAAUUAGAUUGCAAAUCAUCUCCGCUCCUCCAGAACGCCAAAUCAAAAGCACCCCCUCAGCAACUGAAGAAGGUCAGUCCGCCGGUUGCACCGAAGAUCGAAUACCGCCCCCCUGCCACGGAGUCAAUCGCCCCGAAACCUUCUCCGAACGACAACAUUCCGAAGACGGGUUUCGAUUUCCUGGACAACUGGUGA